AUGUCCAACGAUCCCACCUCUCCUAUCUCGGUUCCGAAUUCGGAGAACCGCCAGCGUCGUGGUUCUAUCGCCGACCUCUUCUCGAAGUCGAGCAACCCCUCCAACCCCCAGGCCACGAACCAGCAGACCCACCAGCGUCGGCUAUCAAUCACCACGCUAGGUCUAUCCGGAUCCCCGACUCAAGCAUCCUUUGGAGGCACUCGCAAUUUCCGCCCGGGCAGUCUCUCCAGCUCAAUGGGCUCCAAUCUCCCCACCGAAGACGCCCUCGAGGAUGAACAAGGAAGCUCGCCCAACUCACCAUUCUCGCGGCGGGUCUCUUUCGGUGCACAGGCAUUGCGUGAUGCUCGUGCAGGAAGUUCAGGAAAUGGCCCGCGCCGCUCCCCUCCGGCCGGCUCGGCCAUCAUUACUACCCGCUCUUCCGCAAGUACCUCAACCUCUCCUCAGGAUGAGAGAUCUAACGCAUCACGCCGACCCCUAGGCGAAGGCUUCAAUUGGUCAGAGGCCCUGCGCACCCGUGCCGAGCGUGCCCCAUCCAUCGGCGUUCCCGUCUCCCCGCAGAAUCCGCGCUCCCCUGGCCACCACCAACGGGCGGCUUCCAUCGCGUCCAUGGAGCAGCCGGGUCGGGAAAUCCCCCGCCAGCCCAAGCAGAAUAAGCCAGAUUUCUUCCAGGAGAAGAUCUUGAGAGGUGACUUUAUGGAUUAA